AUGGACGAUGUUAGGAGCAUUAAUUGGCAGAUCGACUUACUGAAUAGUCAAGUUGUACUGAAAGGUUGUGAGCGAGCCGGAUUUGUCUUGCUGACAGCAGCUCGGGCCAGUGUGACACAGAAGGUGGCAUCGAUGUGUGAUGGACGAAACGGGGCAGUCUGUUGGAAGAAGUCAUGGUCUUCAAUAAUAUCUGGUAUGCAGUAUUUCGCUCCUAUAUCCAUUGUCAACGGGCGCACUGUGGAGUCGUUCAGAUGGUUAACCAGAGAGGUUGAUCGAAGAGAAAACUCAGCUGGAGGACGAGUGAUGGUGACUCCAUAUCUGCACCCAUAUAUUGGUGCGGGAGAAGCCGUAGGAGGAGUAGUGGAGGCAGAAGAGAUGUCAGAAAAAGUUCAAUUGCAACGAAUCGUUUCGAGAUGCAGCUGUGAGAUAUACUUCUGUUACUUUUCUGAAGAGCUUAAGACGGAUGCGCUCGAGGAGACUGGAGUUCCUAAGUAUGAAAUGAUGGUUGACAUUGUGAACAAUCUUGUACUGUUCAUUGAUCCAAAAAAGAAAGAGCUGGCUGAGCGUAGGAGGAAAACUGCGAUUUGCCUGUCAAAUGAUGAACAUGAAGGAAAUGAGAGAGAAAAUUGUGGAACAGCAGGUUAG